CAGGAAGUUGGGUAAGGGUUAAGGGUUCCUUUGACGUCUUGUUACCACAAGGAAUACUGCAAAGGCUCUGAGGAAGCAACUACAGCAUAAGUAACUUGCUUUAUCUUUUUCUGACUCUGGCCUUAUCCGGAUAUAGGAAAGGUUCAUUCUUACCAGGCUGCAUAACAGUAGAGAUGAGCAUCCCUGAAUCUCCAAAGAUGGUCUCCUUUUCCCAAAUCUCAGUGAAGAAUGCCAACCAUGCUCAAAAUCAUGUUAUCUACAAGAAGAUAUCUUGUGACAAAGGAGUUACUCUCUACCUGGGAAAGCGAGAGUUCAUUGACCGUGUCAAUGAUGUGGAACCUAUAGACGGUGUAGUGUUGGUGGAUCCAGAAAUUGUCAAGGAGAAAAAAGGUCAGACAGCUUAUCCGGUGUAUGUGGCUCUCACUUGUGCUUUCCGAUAUGGGCCAGAAGAUGUUGAUGUUAUCGGUCUCACUUUCCGGAGGGACCUGUAUUUCGCUAAGACACAGGUGUACCCAUUACAAGAAAAACAAAGACCACUUUCCAACCUGCAGACAUAUCUAUUGAGUAAACUGGGGAAAAAUGCACAUCCCUUUGUCUUAACUUUUCCUGACUACCUGCCUUGUUCAGUCUGUCUGCAGCCAGCUCCCCAAGAUGUCGGGAAGUACUGUGCAGUGGAUUUUGAGGUCACAGCUUUCUUUACAAACGAUGUGGAAGAGACAAUUCUUAAGAGGAACUCUGUGCACCUUCUGGUCCGCAAAAUGCAGCAUGCCCCUGAUGUACCAGGCCCUCAGCCUCAAGCAGAAACCACCAGGCAGUUUUUCCUCUCCAAGAAACCACUGACCUUGAAAGCAUGCCUCAGCAAAGAGGUGUAUUAUCAUGGUGAACCAAUUCCUGUCACAGUGACUGUGAUCAACAACACAGAUAAAGUGGUUAAGAAGAUCAGUGUGUCAGUGGUACAAGUUGCUAAUGUGGUAUUGUACUGCAGUGACUUUUACACCAAAACAGUAGCUCUGGAAGAAACUGAGGUUAAGAUGCAGCCAAAUUGUACCUUCACUAAGACAAUGUUAAUUUUGCCCUUGCUGGCAAACAACCGAGAAAAACGAGGCAUAGCACUGGAUGGGAAGCUGAAGAAUGAAGAUACUAACUUGGCUUCCAGUACCAUUAUUAAAGAUGGGAUAGACAGGAGAGUCAUGGGAAUCCUGGUUGCUUACAAGAUCAAGGUGAAACUCGCUUUCUCAGGCUUGCUUGGAGAUUUUACUUGCAGUGAUGUAGGCGUGGAACUGCCUUUCCGUCUUAUGCACCCUAAGCCAGUGGAGGUAAAUGCAACAGGAAUUGAAAGUGACCAAGAUGACCUGGGUUUUGAAGAGUUGCUAAUCAAAAACUGAAAGCUCAGAACUCAGAGGACGACAAACAGGCUGGCUCGCUAAAUGAUGAGUGACAGAUGAAUGGGGUGGAUCAGCUAGGAAAGCCACAAGAGUUGUUUAUAACAGCAUACCAAGUAGAAAAUGAUUGUAUUAAACAAUAAAGCUUUUUAUGUCAAUUAAACAAUACUAUUUUAGAAUAAAGAAACGCAAUGGUUAAGUUUA